GUAAAAUGAGAAAAGAAAGGAGAGAAACGGAGUAAAAUGACCCUCUUUCCUUCUACCGUCCAACCGUUCAAGGAGGCAGGCAAGAACAAGGAAACACAUACACAUUCACAUGGGCAGCUGGUCAACGGGUCCAAUGAUUCUCCUCCUCCUUUCUCUGAUUAGCCAAUAAUAAAGAAAUACCCAUUGUGGAAAUCGUGACCAAAUUUCUUGUUGAAAACAACACUCCAUCUCAAAUCAAUAGUCCACCACAGACCAUUGUAGUUUGAAAUCGACCAUACCAGUCAACCCGCUUUCAUCUUGUCAGUUAGUAGUACUCCUCAACUUCUGAAGAGCCACCAUGGCUGAAACUAAGUCAGAUCAAGGAAGCCCAUCUCUCUUUUCUCCAUACAAGAUGGGAAAGUUCAAUCUGUCUCACAGGGUGGUUCUGGCGCCGAUGACAAGAUGCAGGGCCAUAAAUAGCAUUCCUCAGCCUGCCAUGGCGGAGUACUACGCCCAAAGAGCAACCAAUGGUGGCUUUCUCAUCACGGAGGGCACCAUGAUCUCCCCAAGUGCUGCCGGGUUUCCGCAUGUGCCGGGGAUCUUUACAAAGGAACAAGUGGAGGCAUGGAAGCAAGUGGUUGAUGCAGUACAUGCCAAGGGUGCUAUUAUUUUCUGUCAACUGUGGCACGUUGGCCGUGCAUCACAUGAAGUUUAUCAACCUGGUGGUGGUGCACCCAUAUCAUCAACGGGAAAGCCUAUAUCAAAGAGGUGGAGGAUAUUGAUGCCUGAUGGCAGCCAUGGGAUCUACCCUAAACCACGUCCAUUAACAACAGCGCAUGAGAUUGCGCAAGUUGUGGAAGAUUACCGCCAGUCAGCCUUGAAUGCCAUUGAAGCCGGUUUUGAUGGUAUUGAAAUCCAUGGAGCACAUGGCUACCUAAUUGACCAGUUCUUGAAAGAUGGGAUCAAUGAUCGGACAGAUGAAUAUGGUGGAUCUGUUGCAAAUCGCUGCAAAUUCAUUGUGCAGGUGGUUCAGGCUGUUGUUUCAGCAAUUGGUGCAGAUCGUGUUGGUGUCAGAAUUUCCCCUGCUAUUGACCAUCUUGAUGCCAUGGACUCUGAUCCACUAAGCUUAGGCCUGGCAGUGAUUGAGAGACUUAACGAGCUCCAACUGAAUUCAGGCUCCAAGUUAACAUACUUGCACGUGACUCAACCUCGAUAUACAGCGUAUGGCCAGACAGAGGCAGGCAGACAGGGGAGUGAAGAGGAGGAGGCCCAACUAGUGAGGACCUUGCGAAAAGCUUAUCAAGGAACUUUCAUUUCCAGUGGUGGGUUCACCAGAGAGCUAGGAGUUGAAGCGGUAGCUCAGGGUGAUGCUGAUUUGGUUUCCUAUGGUCGCCUUUUUAUCUCAAAUCCAGACUUAGUUUUACGCUUUAAGCUAAAUGCUCCUUUGAUUAGGUAUAAUAGAUCUACCUUCUAUACUCAUGAUCCUGUUGUAGGAUACACAGAUUACCCUUUUCUAAGCAAUGGUACCAGUGGCAAUGUACCACAAUCACGUCUGUAAUUUGCAUGUUGUUCUAUUAUGGUUGAGGACUUGAUAGGUUUAUGCCUUCAACUUGACUGGUUUUGUUUAACGUCGUCUCAUCUGCUUUUAUAAUGGAAGUUUCCAGUGUGUUCUUUGAA